AUGCCCCGGAUUCCCACUUCAACCGUCAUAAAGGCAUAUCGACAAAACCCUCUUUUGCCAAUACUUCUACAGGAAUGUCGUUCUGUCAGCUCAGCACAAAAUGAGUUACGCUGGUUACGCGAGCGAGCAAUUCACGCGUGGAAACAAUGGCCCUGGAAAUACUCAGCUUCAGGCUGGAAAACUUUGUUAAGAACGAUGUGCAAAGUGCGUUCGAAGGGGAUGCCUCUUCAGUAUAUACUCGGUGACCAGCCCUUCGGAAACCUGGAAAUAUUAUGUGAAAAGGGUGUCCUGAUACCGAGACCGGAGACAGAGUCUUACACCAUACAUGCCGCCGAGCUAAUCUCAAGAUAUUUCCUAGCCAGUGGUGGCCAGAAUGAAUAUGUCGAACCAUCGGGGUUGAUACGACCCCUGCGCAUUCUGGAUCUCUGCACUGGCACUGGUUGUAUAUCUUUACUCCUGCAUUCUCUUCUCGCCCCUCGUUUCCAGCAACUAUUUAUACUCGGUAUUGAUAUUAGUGCUGCGGCUAUUCAACUGGCCACAAGAAAUCUCGACCACAACCUCCAGCUUGGUCUGCUCUCAGAUAGAUCCUACAGAGAAGUCCAUUUCCACCAAGGCGAUGUACUUGGUCGUGACAAUGGACAUAACCCAGAAAUCGACGAGAUACUGGAAACAUACACACCUCGGUGGAGAAUGAGCCCAGGACUAAGAGAAGGUUUUGACUGGGAUAUUCUGGUCUCAAACCCACCAUAUAUUUCACCCAACUCCCUCCGCGAUGGCACAACUGCCCGCAGUGUUCGGUUGUUCGAACCUGAGCUUGCCCUGGUACCACCUGCCAACAUGAACUAUCUUUCAACAAUGGAUUAUAAGCGGGAAGAUAUAUUUUAUCAUCAUCUCAUUGCAUUAUCAUUCAAGCUAUCCAUCAGACUUACAGUCCUUGAAUGUGGCAGUCGUCAACAAGGCAAUCGUGUGAUCGCUAUUUGCAAAGCCUUCUCCAUUAAAUUGUCUGAAGAUCACGAGUGGACUGUUGAUAUCUGGUUUGAGGGGCAAACAGACCACACUGACAAUAAAGAAGGACCUUGUGUUAUCAUCCUGCGGAAGUGA